AUGGAGGGGCCGGGCCAGGGCUAUAGCCUCAGCAGAAGCGGGGCCCCGAAUUGAGACCUCCCCCAAUCCCCCCGCUAGGUCGGGGCGUCAGAAAGUCCCCAGAGAAAGAAGAGUUCCAUGUAGUCAAAGUAAAGCUUUUUCUAGAAAAAAUCUGUAACUCCGCAUUGCAUGAAUUAUAUGCUGCCUACUGACCCCGAAGAAAAGCUGGAACAGAAUUUGCAAGGAAAGAAAAGAAAAAGUUCAGUGUUUGACUUGGAGGACCUGGGCCUGGAAAUGCCUCAGCCUAGUGUGAGUGGAAUGGACCCUCCUUUUGGAGAUGCCUUUCGGAGCCACGUGUUUUCAGAACAGACUUUGAUGAGCACAGAUCUCUUGGCUAACAGUUCUGAUCCAGAUUUCAUGUAUGAAGUGGACAGAGGAAUGGAUUACCAGCAGAGUUCCAGGGACAACCUCCUUUCUGCAGAGGACUGUAAAGAUCUUGAUAACCUGGAGUCUUUUACAGACAUUCUGGAUACUGAAAUGUCUUUCUCCGGAAACUGGGAGCAGUGGGACACUUACUGUGAAGAUUUGACGAAGUAUACAAAAUUAACCAGCUGUGAUAUUUGGGGAACAAAAGAGGUGGACUAUUUGGGUCUUGAUGACUUUUCAAGCCCAUACCAGGAUGAAGAAGUGAUAGGUAAAACUCCAACUCUGGCUCAACUCAACAGUGAGGACUCUCAGCCUGUCUCAGAUCCACUGUGCUACCCAGAAUUGCUGUUCAGUGUAAAACAAACCCAGUUAACUUCUCUGCCAACAAAGAAAAUUGCAACCAGAGCAGCAGCCCCAGUUUGUUCAUCUAAGUCUGCUCAGGCUGAGGCACCUUUAUCAGAGUUUGCCCAAAAAGCAAGCAAGCCCAAUUCAAGCACACAAAUCAUGGUGAAGACCAAUGUGUACAAUAACGAGAAGGUGAACAUUCAUGUUGAAUGUAAAGACUAUGUCAAAAAGGCAAAAGUAAAGAUAAAUCCGGUGCACCAGAGCAGGUCUGCCAUGAACCAGGCCAACACCGAUGCUGCAAAAGAAAACACUUGCUACUGUGGAGCUGUAGCAAAGAAGCAAGAGCGGAAAGGGAAUGACUCCCUUCAGUCUCACAGUGCUCCUGUGUUGCCUUUUAAAGAGACUCAGGCUCUGCUCCUCACUCCACCCCAGGAAACUCCAGGACUAAUUGCUGAAGAGAGCAGCCUCUCUGCCAGCACCUCUGUUUCAGAUCCUUCACAGAAAAAAGAAGAACAUAACUAUUCUCUCUUUGUCACUGAUGGUUUGGGUGAGCAGGCAGGCAAAGCUGAUCCUGAUGAGGAUGAAGAUGACGAGGAAGAGGUAGAGGAUGAGGAUCAUGAUGAAGGCUUUGGAAGUGAGCAUGAACUGUCUGAAAAUGAUGACGAUGAAGAGGAGGAUUAUGAGGAUGACAAAGAUGAUGACAUCAGUGAUACUUUCUCUGAACCAGGAUAUGAAAAUGAUUCCAUAGAGGACUUGAAAGAAAUGACUGCAAUAUCUUGUCGAAAAAGAGGCAAGCGGAGAUACUUCUGGGAAUAUAGCGAGCAACUGACCCCAUCACAGCAAGAGAGAAUGUUGAGGCCUUCGGAAUGGAAUCGAGAUACAUUACCAAGUAACAUGUAUCAGAAGAAUGGCUUACAUCAUGGGAAAUAUGCUGUGAAGAAAUCACGGAGGACUGAUGUAGAAGAUCUGACACCUAACCCUAAAAAGCUACUACAGAUUGGGAAUGAAUUGAGGAAACUCAAUAAAGUGAUCAGUGAUUUGACCCCAGUCAGUGAACUUCCCUUAACAGCUAGACCAAGAUCAAGAAAAGAAAAAAACAAGCUAGCUUCCAGGGCUUGUCGACUGAAAAAGAAAGCCCAGUAUGAAGCCAACAAAGUGAAACUUUGGGGUCUCAACACUGAAUAUGAUAACUUGUUGUUUGUGAUCAACUCUAUCAAACAAGAAAUUGUGAAUAGGGUGCAGAGUCCUAAAGAUGACAGAGUAACCAAUAUGGGUCAGAAGCUUGAUGUACUUAUUAAAGAUACUCUUGGACCACCUGUAUCUGGACAAACAUCAGAAUUUGUGAACCAGGUUUUAGAAAAAACAGCAGAAGGAGAUCCUACAGGAGGUCUUGUAGGACUGCGAAUACCAACGUCAAAAGUUUAGUGGGCAUCACUUUAUCCAUUCACAUUGGUCAGAGCUCUGCCUGUGUCAUGUACUACAUUGUAAAAUUAAUUCUGGUCUGCAUGUGAGUUUAGCGUUAUAUAAAACACAGUUUUAAGAUCCAUCUUUUUUUCCCCAUUUUAUAACAAUGUAGUAAGAUAAGUGAAAGCAUGAUAUAAAAUGCUUAAAAGCAUUUUGGAGCAUAAACCUUGUAGUUCAAAAUCUGCUUCGGGCAUAAAUGUGGUGGCUACAUAUUCAUUUUAAAAUUAAGUUUAUCUAGGACCAGAUUAUAUAACUUAAGUAGGAGCAAAACAUGUUUUUGCAAGUAAACAUCUAGCAAAAUGCCAAACAUUAUGGCAGGUUUAUGCUCUUAAAUAAAAUACAAAUGUAAACUCAAGGUUUUUUUCCCCAAGAAUUAUUGCUCUUUUGUUCUAAAUUAAACAGUAAGUUUUCUUUGCAACCAUAACUUGUACAUAGCACACUUGGCAAGAAAGCUAGUGUGCCAUAUAAAAAAAUAUAUAAUUUUCUGAGCUUGAUACGGUAUUUAAAUGUCUGUGCAAGUAAGAAAAAAAUGUAUACUCUUUGUGCCUUGUAUUGGGGGAGGGAGGGUGGGGAGAAGUGUAACUAUAAAAUGGUAAAGACUUUGUAUGAUGAGAAACCCUUGUGGGGGAGAAGAUGUAUAGAUGGUCUCAUGGAUUUUAAUGUAUUUGUUCCAGCUCUUAUAAAUUUUUUGAAUGUAUAUAGGAAUAUGUUGAAAAUGUAGAUAUGCCACAGAGUCUAUGUAUUGUAUAAAAGAUGGCUCUAGAAAACUCAUUUUCGGUACUUGACCGGAAGAAAACAAAUACUUGCACAUUAAUGCGAUUGUUUAUUUUUGUACCAAAGACAAAUGCAACUGAUAUGGCAAACUGCCAGUUUAAGUAAAGUUUUGCACAGCUUACAUGAUACUGUACUGAAUGUAUAAAAAGAAAAAAAAACUUAAAAGGUCAGGGUUAGGGAUCUUACUGAACUGUGAAUUUCUUUCUUUCUCUUUGGGUCCAAUUAUCUACAGAAGGAGCAUUCAUACAUAACAAUUAUUUUGCUGUUCCUCUAGUUCGCUUCAUGGUAGAUAAGUUGGCCAUCUAGAAGUCUGUAAAUCCUUUUUUUUCCUGCACUUAUAGUAGAAGUUUUAAUAUAUUUGGAUUUUAGUAAGCUAUUGGUAAAAUAGAUUUCAACUUUGGGAAUUUAAAAUCUAGCUUGUAGUAUACUUCCACCAAACAACCAAAAUAAAAUUAUUUUUAUUGUAAUGUGUAUAUAUGUAAAGAAAAAAGAGCUACAAAUAUCUAAUUCCUUAGUUGCCACUUUUCCAGUUGUUGUAUUAUUGUGCAUGUGAUGUUUCCAAGGAUCAACACAGGCUAAAAAAAAAAAAGAAUUUAUAGAUUUUAUAUUUUUGUACAGAUUUCAACUAGCUUCUUCAAACUUCUAUGUGACUUAUUGUUAACUCGUAGUUUCUAUGAUUGGGGGAAUACAAAUGCGUGUGCAGUUUGGCUCACGAGAGUCUGCUUUUAGUCAGUGUUAAGUACCAAUGAAAAGCUUUAUCUCUUGAUGAGAGAGUUGUUUAUGUGAAGACAGAAUCAUUAUCUGGUUUCAUGAAUGCAUUUCCUCCCCUUUGGUUGAUAUAUAGAUGAGUUCAUAACAUUGUUUACUAAGAAUACCAAAUAAUUCAGAUGUAGCUCCAAGCAAUCCCCACACCCACCCCAUUCUUUGCAUACAUCUUGUAGUGCGAUUCCUUACAUCUUAAAUAGAGGUUUGGAAUCUGCUAUGUUGCUGUAAUCUGUAAGCCAUGCGUUGUUUUUAAGAUUUGAAACUGGGAAGGCUAACAUACCACUACAGAGUUGUUCCACCCCAAAGCCUUCUCUCCCCCUCCAUCACAUUGCUGUUUAUUGCCACCUACCUAUUAAAAAUUAUCAGAAGUAUUUGCAAAACGUCAGAUGAAAUUUGCAUGUCAUGAUGGAGCAAAGAUCUUUCAAAAACGUAAUUGGUAUGUUUGCAAGCCUGAAAUACUGCUGACAUAUCAGAGAAGUGUCUGAUUGAGCUGUAGAACUGUGUCUUCAGAGUAUUUUAUAUACAGCUAUCCUGAUAUAUUGAAAUAGUGUUUAUUUUCAUUGGUAAAUGGUAUUUAAAUACUGUUGAUGCUAAGAUUCUAACACUGGAUCAGCAUGGAAAAGAUAUAUUCUACAACACAAUACAGCCGUUUUGCAAUCAGGACUCGUAUGGCAAGGUAAACUGACAGUAAGAUAUGAUAUCCCCUUUGUAGUAGCUCAGGCUUCUUUGAAAUAAUACUGCUUUUGCAGCUUUCUUGGUGCAUGUCUGAAAACCAGAAUAUGAUUUUGAUCUUGCAUUGAAAAAAGACUUUGAAUCUUUUUAGUGGAUUCCAUACCCUUGCAUUUCAGUGUUUUCUAUGUAUUAAGUUAUAGUCAAAAAGCUUUUAAAUAGUUGAGCUUUUUAAUGGUGACACUUUAUUUUGUAUUCUAUUUAUAUAUGUAUGUAUAUCUUAGAAAAGCACUUUGUUUAAAAAAGAAAAAAAAGAUAUUGCAUUUUAUAUGAUUCCUGCCAUUUGCUGCUAACUCUGGGCUGGGUCAGAAUGCUGCAGCGAUACUUGAUCUAAAUAAAACCUGGCAGUAAAAUGUAGAGUAAAGUUAAGACCUUUGCUGGUUUAACCUUAUUGUAAAGAUGACAUAGGCAAGCUGUGCAGCUUUACAUUUUAACCAGGGGACUCUGUGGCAUUUAAAACAGUCUAGAAAUGGUUGUACUUUUAAUGCCAGUAACAAUCUGCUUCCUCUAGUGUCAUUAAAUAUACGUUUCGUGUAUAAUUAUCACAAAGAUUUUAAAAAAACCAAAUGUUCAUGUUUUGUUUGGGGAAAUUGUGGCAUGCAUUUUUGGAUGAUUAUCUUUAGAGGAGCUCUCUAAAGGUUUUCAGUGUUGAUACAUGGUAUGUGGAUCUUAUUGAAGUCUUUGGUCACUUUCUAAGUGUAGGCAUUGUGAAUAUUCUAAUGUCAUCAAAAAAAAUUAUACACUUUAUUUUUAAAAAAGUUCUAAACUCUCUUUCAUACACUGGAUACUUUAGAGUUUGUUUCCAUAUUAAAGCAUGCUCUUGCUAAAAAAUUGUCAGUCUGAAAUUGAGUGCCACACUUCUAUUUUUGAAUGGAUAUGAUGAACUACUUGCUCUGUACCAUGUAUGGUUCUUGUCCUUUACCCAUUUUCUCCAUUGACAGAUUAUGACGUGGCUUUAUAUUGUGCCUUACUUGUAUAUUAGAACCAAGUUUAUUUUUCAUUCCCCAGGACUCCUUAAACCCUUGAACCCUUUUGGAAGCAAGCUACAAUAAAAGUAUCAUGAAGGAACUUCAAAUAGAUCUGAUUUAAAGUUGUAUUGAUAGUUUGUACUGGCAUAGGGUGACCAAUUUUUCAGUGGUCUUGGAAGAUAGGAUUUUUAAUAGUAAUUCCACUACAUCUCUUUACAAAAGCUUCUCUGCCUUUUCUUGAAUUUAUCAAGCACAUCUUGAUAUUUAACUUUUUGGGGCUCAUUAGUAUUAGUCUCUUGGCUACUUAAGGACUGGCUCUUUCCACUCUGCUCUGACAUCAAUGGAAACUGUUGUAGGAAUUGGGCACAGAUAUACCAAGUCCACUAGUGUGGUCAGUAAUUUAUUUUUCAAUGUAGACUGAAGUGCAGUGGGAAAAAGCAAAAAACUAUUUCUAUAACAGAUUAAAGGUCUCUUGAAUAAUCUUAAAGCAACAGACAUUUCUCAAAUACCGUACUGUCAGUGUGGGUUUCACUUAAGUCUGUACCAUUUUUCUGAUGUUUGCCUUCAUUAAUAAAUCUGCUUGUUUAUUCACAAAUGUCAAUAACUGAUGUAUUGUUUCUCUUAUGUAAGUCUUUUAAAUAUGGCUAGUUUUAAAAUGGUAAUAGCCUCCUUACCUGUUUUUAAUGGGUUUUCUUACAAGUUGCCUUCAGCAGAAAUAGCAUAGCCAGUCUGUUCCUUGACAUAUUUAGCAGUCUUCCUGGAAUUCUGUUGAGGCACAGUUAAAGUACAUAAUACAGUACUUCAGGCUUUCAGACCUGAAUUUCACAUGUCGAAUCAUGAUUUCUUUUUUGAAGAUAAGGCAUUAGCUGCGGAAUCAUCUAGUUUAGUCUGCUACCAGCUGGAAGCCUACAUUUUAUGUAGUGGAAUCCUGCACAGAAGUGCAGUUUCUAAUUUUACUUUUACCUGAGGGAUUGUGCAAAGUACACUUCAAUCAGUUACUAAUCCAAAAGCUGAUUCUUCCCUUUAAAAACAAUUGCAUUUAAGGGCAUUACCACAAUGAGAGAACAACACUUAGGGAUAUUUCCAGUAUAAAUAGAAUGCUUUGUCAACAUCGCAAAAAUGGCACUUUAGCAUAUACUUCCUUCACAGCAUUCUAAACUUAAUUGGAUUUCAUUGAUAUAAGUGUUCUCAGUCUCUUUAAUUUCCCCCAACUGAUUUAGCAUGGUAGAAAGGUGUUUGUACAAUGUGAUGCUCAGCCUCUAAGAUGUUCAUGAACUUCCAGAAGAGCGUAUUGUUUAUGCCUUUUUCUCCCUAAGCCUAAACGUACAUUUUUGGAAGCAAGCCCCAUUUUAUCUGGGAAGGAUGUACUUCUGUGUUAAAUGUAUUUAGGAUUGUAGCCUUAACCACCACCUCCUUUAAAAAAAGAAAGGAAAAAAAGCAGAAAGCUUAAUCCAAAAAUAGACCUGGGUGAAUAAUUGUCUUGCAAGAUCAGGCUAAGGGUUUGUCUAGUCCAUCACUGACUUCAGGGUGGUAUGAUAAGUGAUGGCUAGUCCCUGUUUAUCACAGUGUCUUAAAAUGCCUCUGAACUUGGACGUUCCAGUUAGCUGCACCAGCUAAUAGCCAUUGUUGACCUAUUUUGGCUUUUAAUUUUAAACAAGUCUUUCCUUUUGACAAAGAGUGCUUGCAGUUGAUUGGCUAUACAAUAUAUCUAUUCCUUAAUACUUGAAGAGCAUGGGUUGGAUGCAGCCUAAAGUCAUGCUUAGAGCCACUGAAACUUGACUUAGGUUAGUCACCGUCAAUCUCAUUGAUUUCAGUGGGUCUACUUUAAGUAUGACUAAAUGUGGAUCCAGCUACAUCUAGGUAUGAAAAACUAAGACAAAUUGAGGAAUUAAAAAUGGUUUGGGAUUUAAGAAUAAUGGCAACUAAUCAUUCCACAAUAGUCUUCUAUGGACUGGAGAAUAAUGUAAUAUGCAUCCAUUGUUACUGCAGUAGAUUCCAGAAAUUGAGAAUGAAAUCCCACGUUAUGGAAGCGGAAGACAGUGAAAUAGGAGUUUCUCCCCAUCCCCGCAGCUCUACAGGUUGCCUGAGAAAUCUGUUCUGGAGCAUUUCCUAGCCCUCUGGAGUAGAUUUUGAGGUCACCUGGGGGGAAAGAGGAAAUGCCCUCCUCCUGGUUCCUCUGAUGAAAGUAGUUCUGGCAACAGAAUGACAGCAUUGGAUCCAACUCUGGGUUUUUACCCUCUGAAACAGACUGAAAACCUUUGCAUCCACAAUUCUUAUGAAGAACAAACUAAGGCUGCAGUCCUAAGCAUACGUAGAUGGAAGUAGGUGCCACUGAAUCAAUGGGACAUGCUUCUAAGUGGAUGGCUUUAAGAUUUGGGUGCAAGGCUGAUGGCAUAUGCAAACACAGCAAAGCUUUUGAAAGGCAAAAAAGGUAUAUUAACAACUAUAGUGACCUUCCAAUGCCUGGGAUCAUGUUUGUAAUGCUGUUAAUGUUCUGUAGUCCAUUUCCAACUGGAGCUCAGACAAAUGUAUUGAAGAUCUUGUCUCUGUUUAGAAAAUUUUAUCCUGUUAAAAGCAUGAUCUGUUUGCAACUUUUAUAAUGUUUAAUGUUGUGUAUUUUUUUCCCUUUUUUAAAAAGAGGCACAAUUAAACAUUGGUUUGUUUACUCUGUCACCCUUGAGCCCGAGCACUUCUAUUCAGAUACAAACUCAUCAAUGUAUGCAACAUCCUUUGUAAUUGAAAAUAAAUUGUGAAGAGAAGUUCUGACAUGA